GGCCCAUUUAAAACUUCUCCGCGUCGCACCAAGCAGCAGUCGCGGGCUCGCGGCGGCGGAAGCAAACCAACUAGAGGCAGCGGCGGCGGAGGAGGAGAACGGGAAGAUGACGGGGAAAGGGGUGCGGCGGAGGGAGAAGAACUACCGGGCGGCGCACGGGGGAGACGCGCGGCUGCCCCCGCCGCCUAAGCAACGCGAGCUCGAUGCGCUCCCGUCCAAGCUCCGCCGCCUCAUCGCCAUCCAGAAUGCAGAGAGGCGGCGGCAACACCGGCGCCGCUGCUUCGUCAGGUGUGACUCCCGGGAGCGGGAAGCAAGACGCCGAUGGGACGGGGAAGAACAAGGCUGGCAAAGAUAAGAAAACUAAGAAGCAGGCAGCACUGGAGACUGCUGCCGAUGGCAAAGCAGCAGAUGUUAGAGGUGAGGGUGGACCAGAGGACGAGCAGAACGUGAAUGAGGAUGAAAGCAAGAGAAAGAGGAAGCGUGGGAAGGCUGUCGAUCUACGUUUCAAGGAACUUGAUGCAACUGUCUCGGUUUCGAAGAAGCAGAAAAGGAAGAAACACUUGUAUGAGAAAAAAAAGAAGCGCAAGGGUGGUAAGGUUGAAAUACUUGUGGAUUUCCCUGGACGUGAAAAGGUCAAAUUUGGUGAUAUUGUCCAGGCUCCACCAAAGUUAUCAUUCCCAAAGCUGAAGAGUCCUUUGGAUGCUUCUCGUGAGAGGAUAAGAAAAGAGGUGGUUGAAAAAUACAGAAAUAUCAAAGGCUGAACAUCUAGGCCUGGACUCCAGCUUCCAACUGUAGCUGAAAAAACAUCUGUGUAACCGUUUAUCUUGUACUACCUGUUUAUUUUAUUCUUAGUGAACUUACUCUGCUUAAAUCAGAGUAGCUUAUCUUACAGGUUCUGUACUCUCCUGCGAACAAUUUUGAAACAAAAUAUCGAUGUUUGGGCACCAACUCAUUUGUUCUGUUUACUUCCGUGGAGAAAUCAGUAUAUAUUCUGGGUAUUGGGAAUUGUGAUUGCAAGAAAAAGUACAUAUUAGUUUCUUUCGGAAUGGCAACACGAGUAUACACCGUCUCAUAUGUGCCUUACUUUUACGCUCCAUUGACCCUUGCUAGUUUCUACUUUGUUGUUCUUAUGCGAACAUUUGACAUUAUUUUUACAACUUGUCGAAAAGAGUAUCUGUUGGAAAUGUACAUAUUUCAGUGCAGCAACAGAGGAUUGAGUAGCUUGUUGAGAUAUUCAAGCUGAAAUUUUACGGUGUUGUGCAAAUAGAUAAAGGCCUUUAUCCAUGUGGAGGGUAAACAUUGUUUUGUAUAUUGGACCCUUGGAUUCAUCUUCCAGUAUGAACCUGAAGAAAUGUAUCAGCGUAGCAGCCAUGAUUUUCAUCUGCCUGUAUGCAAAUUCUUUCCCUAGGCAGAUACGGGGCCCCGCCUGAUCACCAAAAGAAGUCUUGUUAAAUGAAAAAUGGUUGUCUAAAUUCUGAAAGAUAAAUGAAAUUAACUUUGCUUGUGUUUAUGACUCGAGAACUGAUGCUAACACAUAUAAAGUUGUAUACAGUAGGAUGUCGGUUACUGCUUUAUGUUGCAGUAUCGUUCGGAAAAUACAGGUAAUUAGCAUUUAGUUAGGAUAGCAUUUUCAACUUAAGCUGGAAUGCUUGAUUUUUUGCUUCAGCAACAGAAGGCCAGACAUAAGACAGCUAUCUAUAACUGUUCUAUAUUUUCCGUACUAACUCUCGCUGAAGAUCUGGGAUGUUUGUAACAUGAACCUAAUUUGUAGAGUUAGACAUGAUCAUUUAGUAGGCCAUCUAAACAAGUGCAUGGAUUAUUUACCCACUGAUACUUACAUUGAAAGAUACGAACUUGUAAGGGCUUUCUUGCUGAAAGACUCCAUUUGCAAGCCAUCUUUCAGGCCUGAAUUCUUCGGCAUCCUCACCCCAAAGUUGGAUUCCACUCUCUACAAGGAUUAUCCUUUGAAGUUCGGAGUUAUUCUUACCACUGGAACAGCAGGAUACAGCCGAAGCGUCUCAGUUAAGGUAGCAUGGAGGCAGUGCAUCUUGUCAAUGGCACCUUGUUUCAACCUUGUAGUGAAGGUUUCCAUGUUAUCUUCUUGCGCCCACUCAACAGAUUCCUCGAUUUCAGAGGCAACCUUAUCCUGCACCACGGGGUUCUUGCAGAGCAUGUAGAAGAACCAUGAAAGGGUAUCUGCUGUGGUGUCUUUCCCAGCAAUCAGGAAGCUGAGGACUAUGUCACGCAGGUAACGAUCAUUCAUCGUCUCAGGGUCCUCCUCACUUGCUAGUAUGAAUCUUGAUAGUAUGUCCUCUCUGGCUUUCUGCAUGCAUCAUAAAUAGAAAACAUAGUUAGAAGUAGAAAAUCAGAGUACAUGAGCUUAGCCUACACCUUCAUUUUGAAAAAAAAAAUCAGUUACUUAUAAGUGAGCAAAUUCUGAACUUCUUCCCAACUUGUGGAGCACAUCGUAAAUCAUAAUAGAGCAUAGCACUGGAAAAAUUAAAUAGCCAACACUACACUGUUAGAACUUGAUGCCUUGUGGUAUUUGUACUUUGAAAAGUCCUGCCAAGUCUAUGCUAGGAUGUGAAUUUCAAAAUGAUUCAACACCAAGAUCUCUUAUUAAGAUACCAAGUUAAAUGUAUACCUCAAGUUAUUUGUGUAAUUGAUACUCGCAAGCCAUUAGAAAAAUGUGUUAUAUAUGCUCAGACUGUAAAAAACUGUAGUGUGGAUAGAGUUUCGUCACCCUUACAUGAUCAUGCCCAUUCUUCAUUUGCUCUCUCUUUUGAUGGAUCAACUGCAUCACAAAGUCGUCGAUUACCUGAAUAUUCUUCUCGAGUUUGGCUUCUGAUCCGAUAUCAAGAUGCCGUUUUACUUGCUAGAACAGAUCAACAUAUCGAUAGUAAACAAGAGAGCUUGCUUCAUCGAACGCAUUACUGAAUUGAAUGCUAGACUCAUCUGAUCCGGAUAGCGUGUUAAGCUCGAAACCAAGCCCAACUUUGAACAUUGAAUCCAUUGUUGUUCGCAUCAAAAGGUCCUGAGAAAAUUUGCACCGCAGUGACUUGAUUUACAGUUAGAAGGAUUUAAAUGAGAAGACCAAAACAACCAUGCUGGUGGUCUCUUAAGUCUGAACUUUGGAGUUGAGCUUGUUCAAGUCUGGAUUCAAUUAUUAAUCCUUAUAUUUGUGUUGCUUUUGGUCGGAUGCCUUACUCUUUCUUAAAUUAAAGUGCUAAAUUAAAAGAGUGGAGGCAAAAGCUAUAAAUAUGAUCUUUGCACUUACUAAUGUUCUCUUUUACAUUGAUUAUAGUCAUGGAAGUACCUGCAAGUUUAUGGUAAUUCUAUCAGCUGUUGCAUAUGAGAUCUUCUCUGCCAGUUUUGCAGCAUUCAUUCUGAAAACAUCACUGCUGAAGUCACGUAGCACUUUGGUUGAGAAUUCGUGGCUUGCUAACUUCCUCUGGUGUCGCCACUUCUCCCCAUCUGUUGCAAAAAUUCCAUCCCCAAAGAGAUCCUUCAUUACUUGAGUGUUGAAAGCCCCCUGUGAAAUAGACUCCAAUGCCGUCAAAAAUUGUGCUCAUAGACUUGAUCUCUUUCUUGUAAGGUUAAACACUAACAAUUCGAAUAGCCUGAGGUUUGAGGUUCUGUUUUAGUUUACAUGGCAAUAUGAAUAUAGCCAUCCAGUGUUAAAUAAAGAUUGCUCUGUGUAUUACUAUGAGCUGUGGUACAAUUAGAUGAUUUUGUGUGUGAACUUAAUAACUGUCAGCUUCCUGUUACCUUGAAAAUGCAUGCUGUUAUUGAAUCAUAUAAUAGCAAUUAUAGCAUGUAGUUAAAACUUAAAGAACUACUCAAAGUUUGAUUUGAUCAUCCAUUAUAUACAUUUUAAGAUUUGAUCAUUAGAAUUUAGAUGAACAAUCUAUCUACCAGACCAGCAAAUUAAUCCUUAAGAAAGGGAGCGGAGGAACAAAUGAGAUCAGCGUGGAGGAUCACCUUACUGUAUUUGCUGAAGUUGGUUUUGAGGAAAUGUUCGAUGACAACUGGGUCAGAGGUGAAGACCUCACUGUGCCCGGGAAAGACUAGCCUGCCGGUGCGGUGCAGAAGCGCAUAUGACACAUGUUCGUCGAAGAGCCUAUCGAAGUUCUUGAGCUGACGGAGCACAGUCCUGACGAGCGGUGGCCGGUCCUGGGCGCUCUGGACAAACUCUCUGAUACAGAAGACGGCGAAUGACGUGACAACGCCGAGGAUAUAGAGGGUGAUUGUCAGCAAGGCUAUGGUGAAAACUGAAACUAAGCACAUUCCUGCGGAUGCAGCGAGAGAAGAGAUCUGGGGAGCCAUUAGAGCUAGCUGCUAGUGCUUGCUGAGAGUACGCUUACCAAUUGCAUCUCAUAUCUAUAAUCUACGCACCCACUAUAUCUCUUUGGGUUUUGUCAAUGUCCCUGUCUUCUAGACUAGACAGCGACAUGAAUGUUUCUAUAUUUUGGGGCUUCUGAACUGUCCUGUUGUGUAGAAAAUGGACGAUUGUGUGUUCAAACUAUCCAAAUGGGUUGGAAGAAAAUCUUAUAUGCACUGACCGGAUGUCGAGCGCACAUUUGAUAUCUGCAAAUUUUUAGUUUGGUAUGACUUCUAUGUGACCAUGAGGUCACGGGUUCGAGUCCUGGAAACAGCCUCUUGCAGAAAUGCAGGGAAAGGCUGCGUACAAAAGACCCAAAGUGGUCGGACCCUUCCCCGGACCCUGCGCAAGCGGGAGCUACAUGCACCGGGCUGCCCUU